AGCAACGGCCAAGCGUUUUCCUCGCUGGUUGAAAAUGGGUGGAGUAUAUAAAUAAAUGUAUGAAAGUCAGUAUGCACACGUUCAUGGUUGUCGGUAUUAAAUGCAUUAUUGCAUGCAAAAGUGAAUGAAUAUACCUAGUAGUAAACAGUCACGCAGACAGAUGUUUAACAUUGUAGUGGAGGUAACCUUAUUGUCAGAAUCCACGCACGCACACACAUACGCGCGUACUCGAAUCUACGAGUGAUAUACGGGUAUAGAACCCCACCCUACUUGAGUAAGCCAGGGACAACCCAAUUUCUGAAAAAAGGUAAUCUAACCGUGGUGCUGUUGACAGACUACACGGUUGUACAUGGCGAUCAGAAAGUUUUCUUCAGUCACGAUGGGACUUGUCAUCCUGCUUUUCUGCCUCUCAUUUGCUGCUGUUUCUGCUCAAGAGGGCAAGACCAACUGCUCCAUACCGCCUGUAGAAGAGUUCACAAACACUACCCUGACAUGUCACUUCCCCGAGGACCUCGGUGUCACCAAGAAAGACUUCACGAUAUACCACUACGUCCCAAAUGGGACUGCAGAGUCUGCUGUAGACUGCUGGUGGAUUAAAGGAAACCUGGAUUGUUAUACAAAACCUUCAUUCCAAUACAACAAGGCAAUCAACACACAGCUCAAUGUUACAAUACAUAACGUGACACCAUUACAUACAGGCAGUUACGCCUGUCAGGUUGCUGGCUACAGUCCAAACUUAUUAGAAACAUGUCUGUUCAACUUAAAAAAUGACAAGGAAAACACAUGUGAAGUGAGUAAAGACAAAUCUGAAGCAAACGCGACUCUAAUUUGUAAAUUCAGCGAGGAUAUCGCAAGGAGACAACUUAACAUCUCUGUGUACAAGCACAUCGAUCUUCACAAAAAAGUAGUAGUAAUAAAGUGUUGGUGGGAGGACGGGCAAACACGCUGUGAGGGUGACAGUGGCUACGUGUACAUCUCUACAGUAUCGUCUGAUUUUACUAUCUUGAUACCGGAUGUGACGAAAGAAACAUCAGGCAACUAUUCCUGUUGGCAUUCAGAUUAUCGCACUCUUCCAGAAAAACUUUGCGUUCUUGAUGAACAUAACUAUGAUCAUUCUAAUGAAGAAAUUAGCAGCCCUUUGAUCAUCAUACUGAUUUCGUCCCUGCUGAGUGCAGUUGUAGUUGUAUCUGCCUUUGUCAUUUUAUUACUGAGAUUUAGACGGAAGCUAUCAUCACGCUUCCAGCAAAGACGACGCCAAAGACCUCAUGAUGAACACAAGUCAGAGACUGAGAUGAUGUUGGAGAAACAAGAAGUGCAAACUCAGAAGUUCCAGAAAUACCUGGAAGAAAAAGUGAGAGAAAUGUAUGCAGACAUACUCAGCUCCUGCUAUUGUGUUCCUCCAAUCUAUUUCAACAAAUGUCGAUACAAGAAAGAGACUGUGAAAUCCACAUCGGUUCUUGUUUAUGAAUCUUGUGACCCGAGUGAAGUCCAAUACGACCGAGACAUGCAUCACGUGCUUCACUGCUUACGUCACGUGGGGGAACAAAGACAAGAACCAAUGUUUGUACUGACACAGUUCCGGUAUAAAGACUAUUUAAACAAUGUACCCCAAAACCAUGUACGACACUCUGUUCGUCGUGUUAAGAAAGAAGAUAAAAACCACAAAUGUUUCGACCUCUUGAUCAUCCACAAAAAGUUUGGGUUUACAGCUGUAGUGGUGAAAACUGUCAGUGGCAGCCCAGGCAAGCAACAAAGGGAUAAACAAACAACUGACGAAACAUUAACGGCACAAUGCAAAGAAGCCAUAUCGCAACUUAAAAAAGCAAGAAACAUGGUAAAUUACUUGAUGAAAGAUGAAACAGAGUGCCCCGAAGUUCGACUAGUAUUGAUCCUUCCCAACCUAUCGUCUUCGUCCCUUGCACAUGAUGUGACUUCUGAAGCUGACACAGUUCAAUUCAUGUGUGCUGACGACCUGCCUGAUUUUAAAUCGACAUUUGAUAUCGGCACUGAACAAAAACUUGGACAGUGGUUUGACCGACUGAUGGAGAGAACUCGUGGGGAUAAAAUGAUGAGUGAUGAGCUGUAUGUGAAAGCUAUUUCAAGGUUUUGUGGGCCGGCGACUCAAUCGCAUUUGGAAAGUGAAGAUGACCUCCUGCUUCCCAAGACUCUGGCAGAAGCUGUUUUAAUUACAGGAAAAUUAUAUGAGAGCAAUAUUUUACAUCCUUACAUGCUAGACCUACUAGAAGAAGAAAGAUUAAUUCUCGCUGGUCCACCAAACACCGGCAAAACCCGGAUGUUGAUGCUGGCUGCUGAAAAAUGGGGGGCAAGCGAGCUCUACGUUAUUUCUGGCAAAAGAACACAAAACAACUUUGUAAAACAACAACUCCGUGCCAAUCACAUUGAAUGCGAUUUUAAUAAUAAAAGAGAGGUAGAGGAAACUGUGAAGAUGUUAUGUGAGAAGAAAGACCACAACACUCUUUGUGUUCUUGCUUAUGAUGUCAGUGGGCAAAAUUUCAAACACUUGUGCACUCGUUUAAAACAAAAACAACCCGACAUCUGUAUGUGGGCCACUGCACGCACCAUGCAGGACAAACAGGUACCACAAGGAUGGAGACUAGUGACCCUCACACACGCCCUCACCUGUCCACCUGCAGUCGUCAGAGCAGCUGUAGGAGCCAGCUACACCAUACCUGGUGCUGACAACGAAUCACUUGACUAUCUCCCUCCUACAGAUGGACCUCCGGUGAAAUACAUCUAUCACAAGAAGGACCAAGGCGACGUGUCCCACGACUGUACACAAUGUGGCGAAAAUGUUGCUGAGUUUCUCAAACUUCUCAUCACUAAGUGCGGCAACAGCACUGGCACAUCGCCGGACGCUGUCAGUGCUGCUACAGGAACUGUCAUCACGGAAAGUUUGUCUUCAACAUUACAAGACAAUGAUGUGUUAGUCUUGUUUGAAUGUGACCUGGAGCAAGGAGCGAGCUUUUUAACUGGGCUACUCAAUGCCGGUAUCACAGUACACACUCUUGCGGACAAAGAAGACAUGAAGGAUUUUACAGAAGACAACAAAUCAGCAUGCGCAAUGCACAUCGAGCAGCUCGACAGAUACAGGAUGCGAAGACAAAUCGUGGUGUACGUGGAAAGCAAAUCAUGGAAUGGAGACCGAUACACAAAAUGGCGGGGUAUAACGAGCUGCACUUCACAGCUGAUUGUCGUGUCGAAGAACUUUGCAUAAAUACAUUUUUUGUCCCAUCUUUGCACCUCUGAUUAUUUGUCAGAAAACCGUACGUGAUAUAUAAGUUUAUACAGAAAUAGCAGUGGAUCUUGAAGCAUAAUGACUGUAUAACAUUUUUUCAAGUGAGUGAUUGCACUUAUUGUUUCUAAAAGACGCCUGACGCCUUCUCAAUGUUUAUUAUCAUUCACGACAAAACAAAUAGUACAAACAUCGAAAAACUUUAGAGGUGAGUUUUUUUAAACAGAAAAAGGAUGAUUGGAAAAAGCAAACAUUAGAGGAGAAUGUACCACAUCCCGUAUAUGUGUCUGUGAAUUUAUGUCUAUUUUCCUAUGCAGUGAAUACCUGCCGUUGAUGCCUAAAUAAGUUUUUUUUUUGGGGGGGGGGGUGAAAAAGAGACAAUGUGAUAUUAAACACUUAUGAUAUAUGUUAACAAAUCCCGUAGGGAGGUAACCUUCAAAAUCUACUUUUAUACAACUUGCUCUGAUCCAUUUUCAACAAACCAGUGCCUCAAGUUAAAAAUGAGCUGGCUGAAGACAAGCUCUAUCAACACCAACUUUUUAAACAUUGACCAUAGUUUUUGAUUUAUCACAAAAUAUCACUGAAAUAAAGACUGAACGGACUACUGAGA